CGUUCAAAUCCUCGCGUGCCUUGCUCGCGGUUGUCGUCGGUCAUGGAAGCGCGCGGCAGCGCAGCGGCCUCCUCCGCGAACAGAGCUGUUAGACCAAGAAGCAGGAGCUAUGGCAGAAGCUGUGUGGAGCCGCCAUCUCUGUUCUGGCAAACGCCAGGCCGCCUAACAGCUCUCGGGCAGCGGACCCCAACCGCCCGAGGGGCUGCCAAGGCGUACAAUAUUACAAAUAAAGUUGACCCGGCAGUGGCUCUUUUGGUCCAGAACGAAUGGAAGCUAUCGUACGUCACCCCACUGUACCGAUUUCAGUACACAAAGCUGAAAUUGUACUCCAGACACCUGGCAGCUUUCAUCCUGGCGGAGAAACAGCAGGGCGUUGCCGUCGAAGUGGGGAUGGAAGCAGGUUUCAGGGUCACGUUCUCUGCCGUCUUCGGCUUGGCAGAGAAGGAGGAGGACGCAGAGACUGUUUUCAUUCAGAUAUAUUCCAAACCCAUGUUUGCAGCAGACACUCCGAAGAUGGUGUGGCGUGGCUGGCUUACCUGUGUCAACGGUGACCCGGAGUACCUGAGAUCGCUGCCCCCCGACUUCGUGAGCCUCCCGUUGUUCUGCAGCAACGGGUCCGAAUACCUCACAGCUCGCGUCAAGUCCUGGUUUGGUCGGACGUUUGACUGCAGCUUUGGCUCGCUGUGCCUGAGUUCCGCCACUCUAAACUGGCUUGCUGCCUUGUGGACAGGCUGUCACCCCACCUGUGACAUUGGGUACCUGAAGUUGUACUGGAGCAUGCCCACCCAGCCCACCCUGGACGUGGAGUAUACGGUAAACCCGCACGACGCCUGGGAGCUGUGGAACAGUAUUUGCGCACAGGACGGAGCGGAGGACAUGGUCAGUGUUGAGGAGGUCCAGCGUUUCAUGGCUGGGCUGGAGACCCAUCUCUUCAGACACUUUAAGAUCUAUCUGUCGGCUGGGUCACUGGUGAAGGUCUCCACCGCCCUUGGCUCGGCACAUCAGGACGGGAAAAUCAAGAUCGGCAGCAGUGACUACAUCACCACCUUACUGACACUGCUCACAGAAUGUGCCCUCCUGAAAACACCUGUGUAAGUGCUGUUGUACUGAGUCACAUCUGUAGGGAACUUUCUAACUGUGUAUCGUGUGGUAAUAUCCCCCUUACAUUUGUCUGUCAGUGAACUUCAUAUGGUCCUUAAUGAGCAGAAACAAAACAAUAUUGCAUGAGUGCAUCAUGACAGGAUUAUGCUUUUGUGAUGUUUUUUUUUUUUUUUUAAGUACACUUUCAGACAUGAUGGGGUUGAGUUCCCUUAAUGUAUUUUUGCUGUCAUUUGGUCAAAUCUAAAUAAAUGUAUGCUUAGCCUUUAAUGUUCCAAGUAGAAAGGGCUGGCAACCUAUUGUUUUAAUUAAAAUUGUCAGACAUUGUCACAUUACAUUAAAGUUCUUAAUUCCUUGUUAGGGUGUGGUAACUCUGACUCCCAGGUACAUGAACCUGCUUCCUGACUUUCCUCUUUAGAUAUGCAAUAUUGGACAUGAAUUGUUUCAU